AUGUUAUUCGAAUAUUUUUUACUCUUAUUUAUAGUAUUUGCAUCAACGAAUGCUCAACCUGUUUAUAAACAAUCUAAUGAUUGUCCUGGGAAUUAUAAAUGGUCUGCGAAUGGAAUAACAAUAAUGGGUAAUGGCUAUGGUACAGAUCCAGAUCAAUUUCAGUUCCCUGAAGGUUUAUUUAUUGAACCCAAAACACAAAUCUUAUAUGUUACUGAUGUAUCAAAUAAUCGCGUACAAAAAAGAUAUUCAAAUGGUGAAAUUAAAACUGCAGCUGGUCAAGCUAAUUGUGAAGGUGGAUCAACACCAGAUAAAUUGGAUGGUCCAAGAGAUGUUGUUGCAGAUGAAAAUGAAAAUGUUUAUGUUGUCGAUGAAGGUAAUCAACGAGUUCAAUUUUGGAAAAAAAAUGCGAAAAGUGGUAAAAUGGUUGCUGGGGAUGAAACUCGAGGUUCAUCAUUAAAUCAAUUUAGUUAUCCAUUUCGACUCGUCCUUGAUUCGAAAAAAAAUAUUUUCGUUUCUGAUACACAAAAUGAACGUAUCAUGAAUUGGUCAUCAAUCUAUAUUCCAAAAACAUCUGCUGGUCAAAUCGUAGCAGGCGGUCAUGGUGCCGGUCUUAAUCUAUAUCAGUUGAAUGGUCCUGUUGGUUUAUAUUUAGAUGAACCAAAUGAUGAUUUAUAUAUAGUAAAUGGAAAUUCACAUUCAGUAACACAAUAUAAUAUGGAUAGUUAUGGAGAUAAAACUAUAGUUGCGGGAAUUCCCGGACGACCUGGUAAUAGUGCAGCUCAACUCUAUAGUCCUGAAGGUUUAACUCGUGAUAAAUAUGGCAAUUUAUAUAUAACUGAUUCGGGAAAUCAUAGAAUACAAAUGUUUUGUCCAGGUGCUGUAUUCGGUAUUACUAUUGCUGGGACAGGAAAUAGAGGCAAUGCAAGUAAUGAAUUAAAUUUACCUCGUGCUGUAGCAUUUGAUUCUGACAUGAACUUAUAUGUCACAGAUACGUAUAAUUAUCGUGUACAAAAAUUCAAUAGAAUAAAAUAA